GCACAUGGACCGAGUGGCCCUGGGGUAGGGUCGCCGUGCCGUUCCUGAACCAGGUCGCUACACCUUAGGAAGGCAACGAGUGGUGCCGAAACCCGGGACACGAUUAUUGUCCGGGUUUUGGGGAUCGCCUGGACGGGUGAACUGGCGGCUGCACAGCUGGACCAGUGCAGCGGGGAAGAUGUUCCCGGACCAGCGAGAAGGAAUGGACUGUCUCAUGCAGGUCGUAAGUGAAAUCCACAGGCAGUGGGGUAUUGAUUGUAAGCUCAAGGAUUUUAUUCUCGCGGUGCUGAGACUGUUAAAGUUAGGGGUUAUAGAUCGCCCGGUUGAUAUACUUCAUCUGGAGAUAUGGGAAAAAUGCACUAAAGCCCUGGUCGAGGAAACGAUGUCCUCAGGCUCAGGAAAAAACCUUAAAUCAUGGGGCAAGGUCGUGCAGGCUCUUCAAAAGGCUCGGCAAGUGCAAGAGACCUGGAAGUCUGCGCAAACUUGUUUAUUAGCCAUGCCGCUGCUGGAGGUCGGGGUGACGAUGCAGACCGCGGAUGAGGUCGACCCUGCCAAACGCACGGACGCGCAGUCGCAAGAACUCCCUCCGCGGUCCCUGGGGCCGGACCUACCAUCAGAGGGAGGGGACCAAGCUCGGUCGUUCUGGCAUGGGCUAGCAGAGGAGGCGCGGAACGCCGCUAUAACAUCAGAAACCGAAGCGGAUGCAGAAAUGCCGGUGCACAUGUUUAAAAAUGGCGCCGAACCUCGUGAAGAUGGGAGGGGCGCUGACGCGGGUGGUGGAAAUGCAGAAGGCUCACCAAACGGCACGGGCAGGCAGGAAGGAGGGGAGACUGCCAGAGAGAGGCUUAAGACUAAUCAAAGCGCUCGUUUUAAAUCAUGUCCUUAUAAGGCAAGAACCUCCCCCAGCAGGAGGCGGGGUGAGCCCAGGGGGAGGGAACGGCCGGACCCCAGGAAAAAGGGGCGGGGUCGAAGCCCGAGAAAAAGGCUCUGGAGCCCAGAAACACCCAGUCAGUCGACUUUCGGCUCCGAGUCGAGCUCCAGCUGGGUGGUGCUCCCGGUCACAGUCCAGCCUCAGAGGAGGGGGGUCCCGACCCCAGCACAGCCUCUACAGGGCAUGUUGUCGGCAGAGAAAGAAGGCAUCAUUCUGCCCCGGGUCACCAUGGAAGCCCCUGCCCACAGCUGCCCGGAGAGGGAGAGCCCCGAGGACACCACUCUGGGAGUGCCCAAAGCACCUUGGGAAGCCACCGGAACCAGGAAGUGAAAAUGCCGGAACUCCGAAAACCUCUCCAGCUCAGAAAACUCCUAGCUAUGAUUCUAUGGCAAUAGUUUCUUUGUAUCAAAAGCUGAAGGUGGAUCAAUUUCAAGAGAUAACAGCACAAAAGGACGUUCAAAACAUCCAAGAAAAGAACACAAGCUAUCCUGCUGAUACUACGAAGCUAGGAGUAACUCCAGCUCCAUCUGAGCCUGCUGUGACCUCCGAAGCCAAAGCAGCCACCACACUUUCAAAUUAAUUUACAUCUCCAACUGAAAACUGACCAGAUCAUCAGAUGCCCCUGCAACUUGUACACCCCACUACCUGAAGAGAGAGAGAAGCCAUCAAGCAGCCCGGCACCGCCCAAGAUGCCAGCAAACCCAAAGGAAAAAGAAGCUCAACCGGGAUGGUUCGAGUCAUGGUUCAAUCGGUCCCCAUGGCUCACCACCCUAGUUUCUACCCUAAUAGGCCCUCUCACUAUAAUCCUACUAACCCUGAUCUUCGGGCCUUGCAUAUUAAACAAAUUGGUGUUGUUUGUUAAGAAGUGUUUAGAAAAGGUUAACAUUAUGUUUGUUGAAUGCCGACAAUUACUUUGAGGCGUGCCUGUUACUAACAUGUUUACAAUUUUUAUAGCAGUUUUACUAACCUUUGUAGUUUUAUAACGUUUACAUUUUAUACGUUUUUUACUAAUCAUGAGGGAGGGGGGAAAUGUGGAGAAUUAGGGAUAGGCGUGCGGAAGACAUCGGGCUGUACGGUUAGAUAGGACCCCUCCCCUCUGCAGUCGAAGUUGUCUAAUCCCUGCUCGGCAGCUGGCCGCACCCAGCCAGACGUGAGCAGAAGGAAAUGACGCCGACUGCCCAAGUUAUAAAAACCCCUGUAACCUUUUAAUAAACGCCAUUUGCCAUCCACCACAUUGGUGCCCGCGAGCACAUGGACCGAGUGGCCCUGGGGUAGGGUCGCCGUGCCGUUCCUGAACCAGGUCGCUACGCCUUGAGAAGGCAACACUGUAGUAUUGCUAAGGUACUAGAUAAUUUUAACUUUACCUAAGAAGUUUUAUUAAUAGUGAUUAUUGCAUUUUAUUGCCUUAAGUCUUGCUAAACACUCGGUGAUUUAAGUGGAAAUAAUCUUAAAAAAAGUAAUUAAGAUCACUUCCAAAGGGGGAAAUUGUUGGAAAUUAUAGAUGUUUCCUAACUAAUUUUUAAUUAGUUGUUUUAAUUAAUUGCAAGCAGCAUCCACUUCUACCCAGCACUAGUUAAGUUUCUUCACAGACUCCUAUUGUUACUUUUAUCAUUAAAUCACUGAAACCUUAAGUUUUUUAAAACUAACCCAGACAAGCUUCAAUAAACAAAGCCAACAGGAUUUGAAUACUGGGCAUCUGCGAUCUUAAGUGUAUGGCACUUGAAGGACUUUGGAGUAACCAGAUGAAGUAGUAAGGCCUGAACAACAGGCCUUGAGCCAAAGUUGACUUCUGGAUGAACCUCCCAACCAAAUGUUAUAUGUACCCACUCAUUAAUGAAGUAUUAUUAGCAAUUGUAAAUUAAGUAACUGUACUACCUAUUUAGUGGCUUGUUUUCAUUUUCUUGUCUUCACUUAGAGUUAGGAUUAAAAAUACGAUGGAGAUGAA